AUGGGAAACUGGAGCACUGCGACUGAAUUCACCCUAAUUGCCUUCCCAGCUCUCCUGGAGAUUCGAAUAUCUCUCUUCGUGGUUCUUGUGGUAACUUACACAUUAACAGCAACAGGAAACAUCACCAUCAUCUCCCUGAUAUGGAUUGAUCAUCGCCUGCAAACUCCAAUGUACUUCUUCCUCAGUAAUUUGUCCUUUCUGGAUAUCUUAUACACCACUGUCAUUACCCCAAAGUUGUUAGCCUGCCUCCUAGGAGAAGAGAAAACCAUAUCUUUUGCUGGUUGCAUGAUCCAAACAUAUUUCUACUUCUUUCUGGGGACGGUGGAGUUUAUCCUCUUGGCGGUGAUGUCCUUUGACCGCUACAUGGCUAUCUGCGACCCACUGCACUACACGGUCAUCAUGAACAGCAGGGCCUGCCUUCUGCUGGUUCUGGGAUGCUGGGUGGGAGCCUUCCUGUCUGUGUUGUUUCCAACCAUUGUAGUGACAAGGCUAUCUUACUGUAGGAAAGAAAUUAAUCAUUUUUUCUGUGACAUUGCCCCUCUUCUUCAGGUGGCCUGUAUAAAUACGCACCUCAUUGAGAAGAUAAACUUUCUCCUCUCUGCCCUUGUCAUCCUGAGCUCCCUGGCAUUCACUACUGGGUCCUACGUGUACAUAAUUUCUACCAUCCUGUGUAUCCCCUCCACCCAGGGCCGUCAGAAAGCUUUUUCUACCUGUGCUUCUCACAUCACUGUUGUCUCCAUUGCCUACGGGAGCAACAUCUUUGUGUAUGUGAGACCCAAUCAGAACUCCUCACUGGAUUAUGACAAGGUGGCCGCUGUCCUCAUCACAGUGGUGACCCCUCUCCUGAACCCUUUUAUCUACAGCUUGAGGAAUGAGAAGGUACAGGAAGUGUUGAGAGAGACAGUGAACAGAAUCAUGACCUUGAUACAAAGGAAAACUUGACACUGGUAUACACCACAUUAAAUACAUUUCUUUUUUUAUUAUUUUUUUUAAGUUCCAGGGUACAUGUGCAGGAUGUGCAGGUUUGUUACAUAGUUAAACGUGUGCCAUGGUGGUUUGCUGCACCUAUCAAUCCAUCACCCAUGUACUAAGCCCAGCAUGCACUAGUUCUUUUUCCUAAUGCUCUCCCCAAACCCCAGCCCUCCCCCAAUGACACACAUUUCUUAUCUUCAACACAUUCUUUCUGCAUGACUAUAGUGGUGUUUGGUGUGCCAGAAACUGAGACGGUGCCCCAGGAUGAGCAAUGAUCAUGCCAAACUGAAGGAAAACUCUGAUCAUGUCUGGGAGAAAAUUCAAUCCAUGAAGUAUCUUGCAUAUACCACAAAGGGAGGCUGGGUGCAGUGGCUCACACCUGUAAUCCCAACAUUUUGGAAGGCCAAGAUUGGAGGAUUCAUUGAGCCCUGGAAGUUGAGGCUGCAAUGAGCUGUGAUUGCACCACUACACUCCAUCCUGGGUGGCAGAGUGAGACCUCGCUUUUCUGUUGUUUUGUUUUGUUUGGUUUUUGUUUUUGUUUUAAAAUACCAUGAAAGAAACCUAACAGGGAUUCAGAGAUCUCCAAUUCUAGUCCUGGCUAAGUUCACUUAUUUUCCACAGAUUUUGACCAUGCUACAACUUAUCCGGUCCUCAAUGUCUCUCUCCAUUUUUAAAUAAAAUAAUAGAUAAUAAAAUAUCACUACUUUUAGUAAGGCAUGUAAAGUUAAAAAAUAUUUUCUUAUUAGGCACUCUUGAAUAUUUCUAGAGACUUGGUUUUAACCUCUAUUGGCCAGAUCAAGUAAAGAUGAUGUGAGAAGUGAGAGAAAAAGAGGUAUGACUCAGGAAGGUACCAAGCCUCUGGCUAUACAGAGUGAAAAAGAAAGAUAUUUGAUGAGAAAAGGAACACAGGGCCAGGCGCGGUGGCUCACACCUGUAAUACCAGCACUUUGGGAGGCUGACGCAGGCAGAUCACUUGAGGUCGGGAGUUCAAGACUAGUCUGGCCAACAUGGUGAAACCCCGUCUCUACUAAAAAUACAAAAAUUAGCUGUGUGUGGUGGUGCAUGCCUGUAGUCUCAGCUGCUCGACAGGCUGAGGCAUGAGAAUUGCUUGAACCUGGGAGGCAGAGGUUGUUGUGAGCCAAGAUCAAGCCACUACACUCCAGCCUGGGUGACAGAGUGAGACUUCGUCUAAAAAAAAAAAAAAAAAAAAAAAAACAGAAGAAGAAAAAAAAAAGAAAGGAAAAGAGGAGGGGUUUCUUAGGGAUGGACCUAUUGAACUGGAGGUUUUUGAGGGUCAUCCAGUUAUAAGUUGUUCUAUUUUGCUGAAGCACUAGAAAUAGCUCCCUUGGUAUCUUUUUAUGGGCAUUUGGCAAUAAAAUAAAGACUUGCUAGACAAUGAGCUCCCAACAGUUGUAUUAAAGGCCAGAUUUGUUGGUCCUUUUCUCGGUCACCUAAAUCUUUUGUGAUUUAAAUCUCUCUGGCUCUUUCUGGCUCUAAAAAAAAAUAAACAAAUAAAAAGUUUCAGUUUAACUGUAUGGUUUAAUUACCAUUGUAUAUAUAUGGUCAUUUUUCCCCAGAACUCAUUAGUCAGUCAGGCAUUUAUUCAUAGAAGAUGUGCUGAGCACACCUGAAUUAUGAUCCUGGGCAAGUUAUCGAAACUUUCUGUAUCUCAGUUUCUUACUUAUCUACAAAAUGAGAAUUUCAACGGUGUGGGGCUAAAGUAGGAUUAACCUAAAAGCACUUAUAUCAGUUGUAUGAUAUAGAAAUGCUGAAUGAAUAUUAUUUAUCUUUUUUAGGGCCCUGUGUAAAAUUUAAUGGGAGAUGCUGAUGAUACAAAGAGAAACAGGACAUGAUCUCCACUCCUAAGUUAUUCACAUUUUAGCUUGACAGAAAAGAAUAUACUAGAAAAUUUUGUGAAUGAUAAAUUGUAAAAAUAAAUGAAUUAAUACUUCUGAUAUUGGCCAUGGUGGAGUAACAGAUAUUUGAUUUUAUCUUUUGACUUAGGCAACUAGAAAAUGACAAAAAUACAUAAAGCAAACCAUUUCACACAUUGUCUAACAAGCAAUACAAGAUUGCAAUUAUUGAGAGAAGAAAAACAAAACAAGGUGAGCCUUAAAAGUGCUCCAGUUUGCAACCUGGGUGCGGUCUCCUCCCCUGCAGUCUAUGGGGAGUAUUCAAACAGAGGCUGGAAGUUUCUAUGAGUAAGAAAAUAGAGAUCAGUUUGGGGAGGCCAGGGCAACUUGAAGUUACAGGCAAGACGACCAGAAAUGAAAGAGUUGCAUAGAAAUAGAACUCUGGAGAUAGGCAGAAGGAUCCCCUGAAGACUUUGGCUGAAUAUAGAGCUAAGCAGUCAUGAAAAGAAAUUACCUGAAGAUCUGAAAGGAUCCACGAGAAAUCAACAGGCCAAAUAAUUUCUGGUGUUCACAUAGGGAUAGAAAUAGUUUAUGUUUCUUUCAGCCAGAGUAAAAAGACCUUUUAAUAUUAGGGUAUUAGGUAGAGUAAGGGGGAUAAAUUAUCUCUAGUGCAAAGACAGACCUAGCUUUUUCCUAAAAGGCUUUCAAAACAAGACUGAAAAGAUCAAACUAGUCCACAAGUAAUUGCCUAGGAGAACCAAGUCUAACACAACUUAAAAGAAUACAAGUAAAUAUAUAAUUUAAUAAUUUAAUAUCACAAUAUCCAGCAUCCAAACAAAAAUUUCUAAGUAUAUAAAGAAGCAGGAUAUUGUGAUACAUAACCAGAAAGAAAAUCAUCAAAAGAAGCCAAUCUGGAAAUGAUGGGAAUUCACAGGAAAAGAAUAUUUAAAUAGCUAUGUGCCCAAGAAUUUAGACUGUAAAGUGAUUUAACAAUUAUAAAAAUUAUUAAUAUUUAAAAUAAUUUAAAGCAUUUCUUAUAUAAAUAUUCUCAAAUAGUAGAUAUCAUAAUUAUUGUCAUCAUAACUAUUUCAUUUGUCCUGCACACUUUUAUAACUUUAGAUGUCUUUCUUGUAUUAUUUUAUUUUUUGCUAGCAUCCAUUAGUCUUACAGAGUUGGCCAUGAUGAUCCCAUAUCUUUAAGUUAUUAGAUGAAGAGCUUUGUAGGAAAUGUUAUUUGGCUCAAUACAAUGCACAUGAUCUAUUUUUAAAAUGGCUAUAAAAGAUAGUUUUCAUUCAUUCUUCUUUCCUUUGCGCACAGGAUAACAGGUAGGAGAUGUGACCGAAUUUCUUCUUGGCCACACCAAUCUGUGCAAAGGCCAAAAUAAAAUUUCAAAUGUCACUGGCCCUUGUUCACCUCACCUAGGUGCAUACCAUAAGCUCUUGCUCUCCUGUGCAAUUACUAGCAAGUAAUUUCUACCAAGUGUUUCUUGGAAUCCCCAAGAGAUGUUUCUUAUGUACUUAUGAACUCUCAAUAUUAUCUGGCUCUGGCUACCCUUCAUUGAUUUACACUCUUUGAAGCCACCUGAGGGCAGAGCUUCCUCACUAUUACUGCAGUCUAUUCCCCCUGUAAGAAACUGAUGUCAGUGACAAAGGAGCUGUCUUUCAAUUAUCUCAAAACACCAAACCACUGAGAUGGUAGGUAUGCCGCUAUAUCUGCUGUUAUUCCUGCUAUAGGCAGAGACACUAAGCUGUAUUCAAAGAAGAAAUUAGGAGAAUCCCCAUUAUGCCUACUUAUUUACUGAGGCACAGAUAUAAGGUGGCUUAGGCACUAUUUUUCAGUGGGCCCUUCAUUUUCUUCACACACUUCUUUUAUUUAUAAUUUUAGAAAUAAAUCCCUGCCUUGGUUAGAUAAUCAAUAUCUGAAACAGAUACCA